UAAAGGGACUAAAAAACCCCCACCGCUCCUCUUACCUCCGCCGCAACAACCAUUUCCUCCUCCCGCCGCCGCCUCCGAUCCCGUCCCCGAGGCUACAGAACCAGUUCAUCCAGGCGCGAAUGGCGGCGGCGAGGAGUCUGCUUCUGAGGCACCUCCGCUUGGCGGCAGCCCCGUCAGCGGCAUCCGUGAGGCCGACGGCGUCGCUGCAGGAGGCCCUGUGGGGGCGGCGAUGGAUGUCUUCGGAGGAUGCCAAGGGUUCUUUCCUGGACAAGAGCGAGGUCACUGAACGCAUCGUCAAGGUCGUCAAGAGCUUCCCGAAGAUCGACGACCCCUCCAAGGUGACACCAGAUGCCCAUUUCAAGAAUGAUCUUGGCCUAGACAGUUUGGAUGCAGUGGAGGUUGUCAUGGCCCUAGAAGAGGAAUUCAGAUUUGAGAUACCCGAUAAUGAAGCUGACAAGAUUGACUCCAUCAAAGUUGCAGUUGACUUCAUUGCCGCACACCCGCAAGCGAAAUGAUAAGACACAUUUCAUGCUAUAGUUAAGUUAUAUUGUCAUCAAUCUCCGCCCUACCCCUUCUUUUUAUGAAGAAAGUUCGGCUUGAAGAUGUACACUACCGUGACCAUUUAGAUACUUUUACUGAUGCUACUCUCCUUUUUGGAACGAUUUUUGCUACUGUAGUACUGUGGAUCGUCUGCAUUAAAUAAAAAUUGUUUGAACCUGAGAAAGAACCUGUUUUCUUGUAUUCGGCUUUCCCGGCUUAUCAAAGAGUACAUACUUUCGAUUGCU